AUGGCUGUUCCCAUCAGGAAUUUAUCCCGGUUUAAAGAUGCAGUCAAACUGGCUUGUGUCAGAUAUGCAUCAAAUGAUUAUGCCUGCACCAAUGUCAACCUUGGCCUCAACAAAGACACAAAAGUCAUUAUUCAAGGAUUCACAGGAAAGCAGGGUACAUUCCAUGCUCAGCAGGCUAUGGACUAUGGCACUAAUAUUGUGGGAGGAGUGUCUCCAAAGAAGGCAGGCAAAGAUCACCUUGGUAAACCAGUAUUUGCUACAGUGAAAGACGCAAUGAAAGCAACUGGUGCAACCGCUAGCACAAUCUAUGUGCCCCCUGCAGGAGCUGCGGCGGCCAUACUUGAAGCUAUUGAGGCUGAAGUGCCACUCAUUGUCUGCAUCACAGAGGGUAUCCCUCAGCAUGACAUGGUUCGUGUAAAACAUGCUUUGCUACGUCAGAGCAAGUCCCGUCUGUUGGGACCUAACUGCCCAGGUAUCAUCGCUCCACCUGCAGGGUGCAAGAUUGGUAUCAUGCCAGCUUCCAUCCACAAAGCUGGGUGCAUUGGUGUGGUCUCCCGUUCUGGCACCCUCACUUAUGAGGCGGUCCACCAAACUACUGUGCAUGGUUUGGGCCAGACACUGUGCAUCGGUAUUGGAGGAGAUCCUUUCAAUGGCACCAACUUCAUCGACUGCCUAGAUCUCUUCUUGAAGGAUCCCGACACAAAGGGUAUAGUGCUCAUCGGAGAAAUUGGUGGUAAUGCUGAGGAGCUGGCAGCUGAUUUCCUCAUUCAAAACAACACUGGCCAGAAGGCAAAACCGGUAGUAGCUUUCAUCGCAGGUGUGACAGCCCCGCCCGGCAGGCGGAUGGGACACGCCGGUGCCAUCAUUUCAGGUGGAAAAGGAGGUGCCCUGGACAAAAUCAAGGCAUUAGAAAAAGCUAACGUUAUUGUCACUCGUUCUCCAGCCAAAAUGGGUUUUGAACUGCACAAAGAAAUGAAACGGUUAGAAAUUGUUUAA